AUGAUGUGCUCCCGACUGAGACCAAGCAAACAGGGACCGGCACACUUUGGCUAUCAAGAAGGAUCUGAUGAACACGAGGUAGUGACCAUUCAGGUGGAGCACGUGUUGUUCGUCGCCGAGAAAGCUCACAGCCACCUGGCCAACAAAGUAGAACGGGAAGGAGGCGAUACAUCCGGUAUUCUGGGUAACAUCCGCUUGGGUCUCGCUUUCCUGCUCAAGCAGCGCACA